CUCCGCCCCCUCCCCAGCGGAUAAAUGCUGGGCAGCUGUACCGCCAGCCCCACCUCCAGCCAGCCAGCGGGUGCACUGACUACAGAGUGCCCUCUGCAGACAUGAGGCUCCUCCUGUCGCUACCCGUUCUGGUCUUCGUCCUGUUCAUAGCUUUGGAAGGCACAGCCCCAGCGCAGGCCGCCCCGGACCUCGGCAGCGCCCUGGAGAGCCUCCCGGGCAAGCUGAAGGAGUUUGGGAGCACCGUGGAGAGCAAGGCCCGGGCAGCCAUAGAGCACAUCAAGCAGAGCGACUUUCCUACCAAGACCUGGAAAUGGCUUUCAAAGACUGUCAGCAAAGUGCGGGAGAAAUUCAAAGCCACCUUCUCCCAAGCUCCUGAGGGUGGUACCUGAAUGAAGACUUCUCCGUGACGCCCAGGUCUUCCCCAAUAAAAAUCCUACAGAGA